ACCAAUGAAGGGGCCCAAUCGCCGCCGCCUACGGCAUAGAUCCGCUUCCGUAGAAGGUCAUCAACGGCGCAAAAGGUCCUUAGCGGUUUUCUCUUAUCGUGAAACGGACGGCCCUUGUUGUUCCACGUAGCUCUCCCUACGGCAUAUUUAGGCACCGACCCGAAGGACCGACACAUCCCUCCCUCCUCUCCUCGUCGGUGCUCUUGCUCGUGCAAACGCAGGCGUCGCCCAUGGUCGGAAGAAUUCAUCAGGAGGGAAGACCGUCCUUGACUCUUGUUCUUGCUUGCCGAAGUCUCUGUUCUCUUGGCCGUCGUAAUCUGUAAUCGAGCCAAAAAAAGGGUGCUUUUGGACUGUUGCAUGGCGGAUUCGGACAACGAGUCGGGCGGGCACAGCAACAGCAAAGGAGGGGCGGCGGCGCGGGAGCAGGACCGCUUUCUGCCGAUUGCCAACGUGAGCCGGAUCAUGAAGAAGGCGCUCCCGGCGAACGCCAAGAUCUCCAAAGACGCCAAGGAGACUGUGCAGGAGUGCGUCUCCGAGUUCAUAAGCUUCGUCACCGGCGAGGCCUCCGACAAGUGCCAGCGCGAGAAGCGCAAGACCAUCAACGGCGACGACCUCCUCUGGGCCAUGACCACCCUCGGCUUCGAGAACUACGUCGAGCCUCUCAAGGUCUACCUCCAGAGGUUCCGCGAGAUGGAGGGCGAGAAGGCCGGCGGCGGCGGCGCCGCCUCGUCCCAGUCACAGCCCAAGGACGGCAGCAAUGCCGGCGGUGGUCCCAGCACCACCGUGGGCGGAGGCGGUAUGUAUGGCGGUGGAAUGAUGAUGAUGGGCCAGCAGAUGUAUGGUACGGGGCCACCAUCAGCACUACAGCCAUUUCAACAUCAUCAGAUGACUAUGGGUGGAAUAAACAGCCUGAGUGGUGGUGGCGGUGCCGACGGAGGCUCUCCGUCCUCAGGAAGCCGUCAAAGGCACGACAGAAUAUGAUGCUCGUUGGCACUUCUCAGUCGAUCAGAUAAAACCAGAAGGCGAUGCAUGCCAUCGAUGUCGCUUCCAUCCUCGACGUGUAAUAUCAUAGACUGUAUUAUCGAUUGGCGUUGCUCAUAAAUCUUCACUGUUUAAUGACUACCGAA